UUGGGAGUGAGGAAGGAGGCUGAACAGUUUGAAAGUCUGGAGAAGAAAGCGAAUGGACCGAUAAACACGAACAAGCAAACAACACAGACACCGCUGCGGCGUCAGGUCUAUUGUAAGAGGUGGUUGACGAUGGACCCCAACAGUGAAACCAAGAGGAUGACCUCUUACCUCCCAGCCAACCCCUCCGAGACCCAGAAACUGACCCCACCCAGAGGCCUAGGCUGCAGCUGGCUGGUGGUGGUCGCGGCUGUGGUGGCCUCUCUGAGCGGUCUGAUGCUGGGUUAUGAAAUGGGCCUGACCUCUGGUGUCCUGCUGCAGCUGCGGGGCCUCCUUUCCCUCUCCUGCCAGGAACAGGAACUGCUGGUCAGCUCCAUCCUGCUCGGUGCCCUCCUCAUGUGCCUGGCUGGAGGUCCUAUUCUGGAUCGCUAUGGCCGUCGCUGCUCUCUGCUCCUGAGCGCCGCCAUGGUGGUCGGUGGGAGCGUAGUGCUCAUCGCAUUCACCUCACUUAUUGCAUUCACACUGGGCCGGGUGAUAGUCGGCAUGGGGACAGCUCUGUCAGGGACAGGAGCGUGUCUGUACAUUGCAGAGAUUUCACCGAGGGAGCGGAGGGGUCUGCUGGUGACGCUGUACGAGCUGAUGCUGGUUGUGGGUGUAAUGCUGGGAUUCAGCUGUAGUUACGCCUUUGCGACUCUGCCCCAUGGCUGGGUGUACACUUUUGGACUAGCAAUCCCCCCAGCGCUGCUGCAGAUCAGUGCGCUCGUGUUCCUCCCACCCAGUCCACGCUUCCUGGUUAUCCAGGGUAAAGUGGAGCAGGCCAGGAGAGUGCUGGCCACCUUGAGAGGUGGGGUUCAGGAGCACGUGGAGAAGGAGCUGAGAGACAUCCAAGCAGGACUGAAAGAGGAAUCAGAGCAUAGUUUCUGGGAGUUGUUCAGCACCAAGGCCAACUUGCGUUCACGACUGCUGACAGGUGUGGCCUUAGUCUUCCUUCAGCAGGCUACGGGUCAACCCAACAUCCUCUCCUACGCUUCACCAAUUCUCCGCAGCGUAGGAUUCAACAGUGACGCUGCAGCAACCUUAGCGUCCACAGGGUUCGGAGUGGUCAAAGUGGUUGGCACCAUCCCAGCCGUGUUGCUGGUCGACCGAGUGGGACCCAAGAGCUUUCUGUGUGUGGGCGCUGUUGCAAUGGCAGUGUCACUAGGAAUACUCGGUACACUGACACUGCAAAACCACACUCACCUCACCAGCCUGUGUAAAAGUCACACAAUACCAAAUCACACACAGACACUGUGGGAUUUAAACAGAACCUCUGCAGACUUCGACAACAGUGACAUUUUUUCUACUGACCUCCCAAGCUUAUGGAGCAGUGAGGAGGCACAGCGGACUAACAGAGACGAUAAUGGGAUGGAGGAGUCAGGAGAAGAAAGGACUUUUGGAGAAGUGUCACCUGUAUUGAAGUGGGCAUCAUUGAUUAGCUUGCUGGUGUAUGUGGCAGCUUUCUCCAUCAGCCUUGGGCCAAUGGUGUAUGUGGUUCUCAGUGAGAUCUUUCCAAUGGGAGUCAGAGGCAAGGCUGUGUCUGUGGUGUCUGCUGUAAACUGGGCCACUAACCUGCUCAUCUCCAUGACCUUCCUCACAAUGACAGAAAGGAUUGGCGUUCCCAAUAUGAUGUUCCUCUACGCUGCCAUGAGCUUUGUUCUACUGGUGUUUGUCAUCCUCUGUGUCCCUGAGACAAAAGGUCGAACGCUGGAGGAGAUAUCAAAAGAACUGGCUAAGAAGAAGCAUUUUGAGGUGAGGCUCUGCAGGCAGAUUCAACCUCAGGAGAGUUUGAUCAGCAGCACGUCUUCACAGAUUCCUUCAAACGUCUGACCUUUUUUUUUUUUUAAACAGACCACAACUGUACACCUCACCUGAAAGAGAGUCAGUGUAAGGAUCGGCAAGCAUAAUGUAUUAGCGAUGUUAAGUAUUUUGGGUGCAAAACAUACAUCUCACCCACAUCGGUACAUCGCUGCACUUUCCGCUGAUUCCCGUCAUGAUGUCUCUGUCACACAGUUCCUUCUCGCUGCGUUUUGAAUGUAAAGGAACAAAUCAACAGGACAGGGAUGGUGGAAAUUACAUACACAUGACAGAGUUAAACAAUGGAGUAUUUGUGAAUUUGUUCAAAGGAGGAUAUCUCAGGGUUCACUCUUGCUUGUUAAAAGGCAGUAAAGAGAGGUAAAUGGUGGGGAUUGAAUGUCAUUAUAUAUCACAUUAUUUAUUUAAUUCCUUCCUUUCUUUACCUCUGCCCUUUUUAAGAAUACAGCUCCAAUUAUACAGCAAGAGAAAUUUACCUUAAUUCCACGAUACGAAUGCUGAAAAUUUACUUCAAUACUAUUUUUUUUCCACUUUGACUUGACAUUGUGAAUCAAAGAAAUACGAAAAACAGACACUAAUCUAGCCAAAUGUCUGUGUAUGUAACAUCCUCUGGAUUACAAAUGAAUUCCUUUAACAUAACACUGAAAUGCUCCUCCCUGUCAAACGUGUGGUAUUGACACUAACAUGGCUCAAACCAGUCAUACCAGUUGGGCUGAGUGUACAUAAUAGUUUCUUCUGAUAGAAAAGCGCUGGCAGACUUCUGAGGACAUCGAUGCCUUUCUGAAAGAGAUUUUAAACUAGAAAAGAUCAGAGUGGCUGCACAAAGAAAGUGGAAGUGCUCUGAAGAAGAUGCUGGGUGCAGUGCUUUUUUCCUAAGAGGCAGCAUAUGCUUUUUUUUCCAUUGGCAACAAUUGGAAAAAGAUGCUGGCACUGAAAAAAGAUAGAAAUACUGCUUCAGAUUUGUACUGAAUGCCUCCGGCGGACAGUCAAGUUACAGUUUACAUCUAUGUCUGUCUAGACUCAUAUUUCCAUGACAGUAGACAAUGCAAAUUCAGAUCUGGAUGUUUCUACAAAGAAGCUACAAACGGGAAAACGUGGAUGCUUUCUACCAUUGCCACAUUUUCAAGGUGGACACCCAAAAUUAGUGUUGACCUUGUGGAUAUAAAAUUAUCAUCACUACAUUAUUUUAUUUUAUUUGCUUGGAAUUUUGUCAUAAUUAGCGUAUGAAUUCUUGAGUUAGGGCCAAAACAAUGUUUCGUCAGGUCACAGUGACCUUUGACCACCGAACUCUAUAAUCAGUUCAUCAUUGACUCUUAAGUGGACGUUUGUGCCAAAUUUGUUACCGUAUUCACAAGUUUGAGACAGUCAAACAACAACCAGAAACAUGCUUCUGGUCACAGCUGUCACCAGCAGGGAUGUUCCAUGACUUAUUUCCCUGAAAUUAAAUAGAAGUUAGACUGGUGGACUAGUCUAAAAGAAAGGAAGAAAACUGAGCACAAUUCCAGGUAAACAUUGUCCAAAACAAAAGAAAAUGCAUAUAUUAAGGGGAAUUUGAAAUCAAUGAUUACAUUCAUAUACAUCACCAAAUCGUAUUUUAAAUGCUUGUGAAAUUUGUGGCACUUUACAACCUUCAUUAAAAUCAUUGCACAAUAUCCUACAAAACACAACCCACUUCGUAAAAGUUUUUAAAUAACAAUUUUUGAUAUUCUUUAGGAAAAUAAAUCUCUAGUAACAGCAUUUCCUUGGAGGAACGCAAUCGCAUAGAAUAUUAUAAUUUUAAUAGUAAGAAAGACUUGUAUUUCUGAUGGAAAGUAGCGAGGGCAAUGGCACUCUGUGGUUUGAAGUUUUAAAACGGCUUUCAGAAAUAAUUAAUAACUCUCACAUGCUGUUUUGUUCAGACUGAACAUUUGUACUGAACUCUUGGUUCAAAGUAUUAAAAUGGCAGAAUAACUUAAUUUGAUUAAAUAAUAUGAUUUAUUUGACAUUAAACUUCCUCACAUGGGGCAUCAUUUAUUGGGAAUGUGUGAUUUAAAAUAUUAAAAUGGUAUCUAAUUAUUUCUGAUGAUUUCUGAGCCAUUUUAUUAACAAAUUCCCAACAGAGCACAUCCCUAGUUGCGGACAAAAAAAAAAAUUGUGCAUGGACACUGCCUUAAGCUAUAGAAUACACUGUAAUCGACAUAAUGACAGGAAUAUGGAUGUAGUGACAGUUUUCUCACAUUAGGAAGAGCCCGGUUUCUCCUACGUGACAUUUUAUGGGAAUAAGAGAAAGACAAUGAUGAGUCAACACGCUCAGUUUCCCUUUUCCCUGGCUGCUAAAUCCUCAAAAACAACCAGUCAAGCAAAGAAAUACUGAAUAGAAUUAAAGCAGAUAAUUUAACAUCUGUUGUAGCAUAGGAAGAAUUGUGAAGUGUGUGUGAAAUGUUUUUUUUUUUACUUGUUUCUGUGAUGCCAAAAUUAUAUUAAGUUGAUUAACAAGUGGGAUGUUUUACUGUGAGAAAGAAUGACUUCUGUGAAACUCUUCACAAUUAAAAAUGGCACGUUUUUAAAUCUUUACUUUGAUACCUCUCCUUUUAUUAUUUGUUUUAUCUUUCAAAGUCUUUCAACCAAAAUCUUGUUGAACCAUUGAAAGUGCUUCACUUCAUCUGUAAUUGGGCGCUUGCACAUUAUGAAAAUCAGAGUAAAACAAACUGAUCAAAAGUCCUGUGGUGGCCUGUUUUACCAUGAACUUUUAUUUUUAUACAAAAUACAAAAUUCUGACCAAGUGUCUCAAAUUUCAGGUGACACUGGUCAAAUCUGAGACAUGUCAAAUGAACAUCUUUCCCUUCAGAUGCGCUUAUUAUUUACAUACAUCUACACUGCCUGUCACUAGGUUUUCCCAUUUAAAAACACUGAAGCACUGCUUUUGUUAUUCAUUUGAAGAAUGAUAUAUGAAGGGUUUGUUUUCAGGCACUGACUAAUGCUGUGAGCAUGACCUCUUUAAACACUGUGUUUGGUCUUGUGUUUCCUUAAAAACUGAAGGAUAUACUGCUGAACCUCUUGAUAAGUGACAGAGCUAACUGUAAUAUAACUUUAUAUAAUUGAAGUUAGUGUCUGCUUUUGUAAUUAUAAUUAUGAGUUCUUUGCUCACUUUGAA